GUGUGCGUGCGUGCGUGUUCGCAGGUGCGUGCGUGUGAACCUGAAGCUCAGUUAAAUCUCAAAUCCCUUUAGCUGCGAGUCGACAUGGGUUGACCGGUCCCUGCGGGAAGUUUCAGGAAAUGCAACAGGUGGAGCCGAGCACUGCCGUCUUCUCCGCGCUGGGCUCUGUAGCGUCCCGUGCUAGCUGCUGCUGUGUGCGCACUCGAAGGAGCCUGCGGGACAGAAGCUACUGCGCACUGCUCAACACGGUCCAGUGGCAUCAUGGAUGACAACAGCCUCAGUGACUCCAAUGUAAAGGUCGCUGUUCGUGUGCGACCCAUGAACAGGAGAGAAAAAGACCUAAAAACAAAAUGUGUGGUGGAGAUGGAGGGGAACCAGACAGUUCUGCAUCCAGCCCUCACCAACAUGAACAAAGGAGACCCUCGGAAUCAGCCAAAGGCCUUUGCCUAUGAUUACUGCUUCUGGUCCAUGGAUGAAUCUCAAAAGGACAAGUUUGAAGGUCAGGAUGUAGUGUUCCAGUGCCUUGGAGAGAGCCUGCUGGACAAUGCCUUCAUGGGCUACAAUGCCUGCAUCUUUGCCUAUGGACAGACAGGCUCUGGGAAGUCGUACACCAUGAUGGGCUCGGCGGAGCAGCCUGGUCUGAUCCCUCGGCUCUGCAGCUCCCUGUUCAGCAGGACUGUGCAGGAGGCCCGAGAGGGAGAAAGCUUCACUGUGGAGGUCUCAUACAUGGAGAUUUACAAUGAGAAGGUCAGGGACCUGCUCGACCCCAAAGGAAGUCGACAAGCGCUGAGAGUAAGAGAGCACAAAGUUUUAGGGCCUUACGUUGACGGCCUGUCCCGGUUGGCUGUGGCCUGCUACAAGGACGUUGAGUCUCUCAUGUCAGAGGGAAAUAAAUCUCGCACAGUGGCGGCCACAAACAUGAACGAAGAGAGCAGCAGAUCACACGGCGUGUUCAACAUCAUCCUCACACACACACUCAUGGACAUGCACUCUGGAACGACUGGCGAGAAAGUGAGCAAGUUGAGUCUGGUGGAUCUGGCGGGCAGCGAGCGGGCAGCUAAGACUGGAGCAGCAGGGGAACGACUGAAAGAAGGAAGCAACAUCAAUAAGUCUCUCAGCACUCUAGGGUUGGUUAUCUCUGCCUUGGCUGACCAGGGAGCAGGGAAGAACAGGAGCAAGUUUGUUCCCUACAGAGACUCUGUGCUCACCUGGCUGCUCAAGGACAGCCUGGGAGGGAACAGCCGCACAGCCAUGGUCGCCACCAUCAGCCCAUCAGCGGACAAUUACGACGAGACGCUGUCUACCCUGCGGUACGCGGACAGGGCAAAGAGCAUCAUCAACCACGCUGUGGUCAACGAAGACCCCAACGCCAGGAUUAUCCGAGAGCUGCGCGAGGAAGUGGAGAAACUGAGGGAGCAGCUCACAGAGGCUGAGUCUAUGAAGGCUCCAGAGCUGAAGGAACGACUGGAGGAAUCAGAGAAACUGAUCCAGGAAAUGACAGUGACAUGGGAGCAGAAACUCAGGAAGACUGAGGCUGUCGCACAGGAGCGUCAGAAGCAGCUGGAGAGUCUGGGAAUUUCUCUGCAGUCUUCUGGAAUCAGAUUGGUGGAUGACAAGUGUUUUCUUGUCAACCUUAAUGCUGACCCUGCUCUCAACGAGCUUCUGGUCUACUACCUGAAGGAGCACACUUGUGUGGGCUCAGCCAACUCCCAGGACAUCCAGUUGUGUGGGAUGGCCAUCCAAACUGAGCACUGCGUGAUCGACAUCACUGAAAACAACAGCGUGGUGCUCACUCCUCACCGCAGCGCUCGAACAUGUGUAAAUGGUGCUGUAGUCACCAGUCCAGUGCAGCUGCAUCAUGGUUACAGAAUUCUAUGGGGAAAUAACCAUUUCUUCAGGAUCAACUUGCCCAGGCAUAUGGUUCAUGCAGGGGUUGAGGAUGAGGAGGACGGUGCUGUGAUGAAGGCAUGUUUGGGCACCGACCGGGCAGAGUUGGAAUUCGAUGCGUCCAGCGACAUGUCGAGCGAGCUGAGCUUCAGUUAUGAGUUGGCCCAGACCGAGGUCAUGAUGAAAGGCAUGGGCAGCAACGACCCCCUGCAGUCAGUAUUGCAGACACUGGAGAGGCAGCAUGAGGAGGAGAAGCGUUGCGCCCUGGAGCGUCAGAGGCAGAUGUAUGAGCAGGAGCUGGAGCAGCUCCGCCAGAGACUGGACGCAUCAGGUCUCCCAGUCAGUGCUGCUGUAACAUCGCCCGGCUACCAAAAACGCUUGCGGCGCUGGAGUGAGGACAGGGAGGCGAUGAUGACUCGCACCCUGCGGCGCCUGAGGGAGCAGAUAGUUCGGUCCAACCUGCUGGCUCAGGAGGCCGGCUUGAUCGCAGAGGAACUCAACAAGAGAACCGAGUACCUGGUCACUCUUCAGAUACCUGCCUCUAACCUGAAUGCCAACAGGAAGCGUGACGUGGUGCUGAGCGAGCCGGCCAUCCAGGUCCGUCGUAAAGGUAAAGGGAAGCAGAUCUGGGCUCUGGAGAAGAUGGAGAACAGGCUGGUGGACAUGAGGGAGCUUUACCAGGAGUGGAAGGACUUUGAUGAAGACAACGAUGUGAUGCGGUCCUAUUUCAAACGUGCUGACCCGUUCUUCGAUGAGCAGGAGAACCACAGUCUGAUCGGUGUGGCCAAUGUCUUCCUGGCCUGCCUGUUCUACGACAUCAAGCUGCAGUAUGCAUUGCCCAUCAUCAACCAGAAGGGAGAGGUGGCAGGUCGGCUGCACGUGGAGUUGUGGCGGGGGACAGAGGGCUCUGAGGAGGAGAGUCCAGAUCAGCCUGACGCUCAGGAGAACCACAACACAGACGGAGAUCCAACGGAGCGUAAACUGAAUUGUGUGGUGAAAAUCCUCCAGGCCACUGGUCUUCCUCGCCAUCUGUCCAACUUUGUCUUCUGCCAGUACCACUUCUGGGGGCAGGAGGAGCCUGUGUUCAUCGCUCCAGAGGUGGCGCCGUCCAGCUCAUCAUCAGCCUUUAGAGACCCUCAGUGCACUGUGGUCUUUGACAGUGCCAAGGAGUUGUCUGUGUCAGUAUCAGAUGACCUUGUGGAGUUUCUGGGUGAGGGAGCUGUGGCCAUUGAAGUGUACGGCCACAAACAGGCCAACCACCGCAGAAACCUGGCUCUGUGGGACCUCGGAGUAAUUCAAGCCAAGACCAGAUCCCUCAGAGAGAGAUGGAGUGAGGUGACCCGUCGACUGGAGCUGUGGGUGCAGCUGAUGGAGCUGAAUGAGGCUGGACAGUUCACAGCUGUGGAGGUUCUUCCUGCCAAAGACAUACGCACUGGAGGAAUCUUCCAGCUUAAACAGGGUCAGUCCCGUCGAGUUCAGGUGGAGGUGCGCUCGGUGACUGACUCGGGCACCAUGCCCCUUAUCACUGCCUCCAUCCUCUCUGUGUCCAUCGGAGACGUCCAGGUCCGACAGACGCAUGUCUCCAGAGGCAGCGAAUCCCAAUGGGCUGGUGAUGAAGACAUGGACAGUUACCAAGAACAGGACCUGGAGAGGAUGAGGGAACAGUGGCUGUUCACACUCACUCAGAGGCAGGAGUAUUUGGACCAGCAGCUGCAGAAGGUCGUCUCCAAACCAGAUAAGUCCGAGGAUGAUGUUGAAAGGGAGUCUCAGUUGCUUGAGUGUCGUCUGACUCUCACAGAAGAAAGAAAUGCCGUCCUAGUGCCCUCAGCCGGCAGCGGCAUCCCUGGCGCACCAGCAGAAAGGGUUCCUGUCUCUGGAAUGGAAACACACAUUCCCGUCCUGUUCCUGGAUCUCAGUGCUGAUGAUUUCCAGUCCAAUCUUUCAGCCCCAUUAUGUGGGGGUCUGGACGCGUUGCUGAGUGGGGAGGAUGAAGAAGAAUUCUUCGACCUUCAUAUUGUUAAACACUAUGAUCCAGAGGUCAAGGUGGAGGCUUCCUGGGACUCGACGGUUCAUGACUGCCCCCAGCUGAGUCGCGUGGUGUCGGCCGACCAGAGGGUCUACCUGACGGUCCUAGCAGUGGUUCAGCUGAGCCACCCGGCCCACAUGCAGCUGAUCCUCAGAAAACGCAUCUGCGUUAAUGUCACUGGAAGACAGGGUUUUGCACAGAGUCUGCUGAAGAGGAUGUCCCAGCGCAGCACCAUCCCCGGCUGUGGGGUCACAUUCGAAAUCGUCUCUAACAUCCCAGGGGACAUCCAUGGUCCAGAGGACAGGGAGAUGUUGGCGCGGCUCGCUGCCAGCGCUGAGGACGACCAGUCAGCCGACAGUGAGGCGGCCAUAGAGAAAUACCUCCGUAGCGUCCUGGCUGUGGAGAACAUCCUCACUCUGGACCGUCUCAGACAGGAGGUGGCUGUAAAGGAACAGAUGGGGGUCAGAGGGAAACCACCCAGACGCUGCCUGAGCUCUCCAAACAUCAACCGGCUGACAGCCAGUACUCUGGAUCUCUACUCCUCUUCUCACCAGCUCAAUGACUUCAAUAGCUGGAAGAGCCACCAGGAUCUUUGUGUGGUUCCUCCUCCGUCCAGACGCACACUGCCCAGUUCCAUUUCCCACAACCUGAACCCAGAAGCAGUGCACUCAGGCUUCGCUGCAUCUUAUCUCCCCCCAGUGAAGGCCUCGCCCAAGCUGCUGAAGUCACUGCUUCCUGGUGGGAAGGAAGAUAGCGGCACCGAGACAGUUGUCCAUCAGCAGGCGCAGGACUUGCCGCGCAUCAUCGUGCAGUCAGCCAGCGUUGAAGAGGGCAUGAGCAAACAUCAGCAGCUGGUUCCCAUUGAGGAAAUCAUUCCUGCCGACAUCCAAGCAGAGAUGCCCCGAUCCGUACCUCUCCCACCGCCCAUCAUCCCAGAACAGACGGAAGAAUCCACCCAUAGCCCAGUGAGCGAAGCCUCCAGUGGAUACAUGUCGACCAGCAUAUCUACAGUAACACUAUCAGACGUCUACACAUUGAGCUGGGACCUGCCCCAGAUGGUGCCUGAUGAAGAGGAAGAGGACACUAAAGUGGAAGAGGACACUAAAGUGACACAAUCUUUGAUUCACCCAGAAUCCCUCCUUGUGGAACACCCAGAGCCUCAGGAGGAAUCGCAGGGUUUGGACGACGAAGCAGCUGCAGACAAGAUUGACUUGCCACCGUCCGAAUUACACAAUACUCCAUCAGAUUCAAAUCUGAGUCUUGAAGAACCAAAUCAGUUUCCAUCAGGUAGUUUGAAGGAGGAAGAAAUGCCAGAUCCCGCAGAAGAAUCAGAUCUACCAGACCAGGCCGAACAAUCUGAAGACUCAGCUGCUGACCCGAUUGGAUUAGACCAUUCGGAGCCUCUCAGUGAUUCAGUGGAAGUCGAGCAGAAUGAAACCAAACCGGCAGAAUUGUUGCAAAUACCCGUCUCAAAAUCAGAGACCCCACAGGAGACAGAAGAAUUCAAGCUACCUGCUACAGAUGAGACAGAAGCAGAAAUGCCGCUGCUUGAUGAAACACAACCGUCAGGGCAAGAAGAUCAAAGUCAGCCUGAGCAACCCGAAGAAGACGAGGAGACCUUUGACACGUUUCAAGAUCCAGCUCCAAACCUGAUCCCAGUUUUGUCAUCAGUUGACUCAGUUCUUCAAGAUUCAUCAGAGCAACAAUCAAACGCUGAGGCCUCGGACCCUAUCGACACCUCAAUCCUGACCUCAACCUCAGCAACAGAUGAAGUGCAAGAAGAAUCGCCCGCCGAUGAAUCUAUGAAAGCUCCAAUAGCUCCCACUCCUCUGUUCAGCAUUCAACCUUCCAAAUCUGCUGCCUCAGCGGCCAACCCCUUCAAGAUCCAGAAAGUGAAGUCUUCGGACCUCAAGUCCUUUCACGGUAUUAUGGAUGAGGAGACGAGCGAGCACGGGGAUGAGGCCAGCAGCCAUGGAAGUGGACUCCACCUCUCUGUGCCAAUGGAAACCCUGGAGAUCAUCUCGGAUUCUGAGGAAGGAGAUGUAACUUCAAUAGUUAUCCCUGAAUGGUUGAAAGAAGGGGAGUUUGUAACUGUGGGGUCCAAUAAGAGUGGAACUGUGCGAUAUGUGGGACCCACUGAUUUUGCGCAGGGUACCUGGGUGGGAGUGGAACUGGAGGUACCAGCAGGAAAGAACGACGGCUCAGUGGCCGGCAAGCAGUACUUCCAAUGCAACCCCGGCUAUGGGGUGUUGGUACGGCCCGACAGAGUGUCCCGCGGUGGUGCCAAACGCCAUCGCCAACAGAAAAAGCGCCGCAGUGCCAACCUGUCGGGAUCGAGCCCUAACCUCGCGGCCCUCACCGCUCUGGCCAAAGGCGAACCCGGCGGGGCCGCGGGCAGCCGCAGCAGAGGGGAGAACCGCAAGUCCUGGAACACUUGAGAGGCUUCGUAUCUCCAGAACAGCUGACUGCUGCACACCCACUCAGACAUCGCGUAAGUUUUCAGAAGCCACAGUGUUUUAUUUGAGCAGAUUUAUCACAGAAUUCACUUAGCUGUACGAUUUGGGGACACGAGUAGUCGCCUCUCGCUCUUCUGUUGGAAGCCCUGUUCAAGCUGUAUUACUAUUAUUUUACGACCUGAUGUACCAAGUGAUGGAAACCUUCAGAGAACUGUUGAAUGUCUUAUUGGAAAAUGUGAAUGUUUUACAUAUGCAAAUUUCUCUUUUAGUUAAUUUAACUUUUAAUGGUGGAUGUUUCAUUUUGUAAUGUAUUUAUUCGAGACAUGUUAGAUAACAAAACACUGCCUCAAGAUGCCAUCAAAUUUCUUUUAUCUUUUAACAUGUUAAUGUCUUCCCGCCAGGAAAAAAGUAUCUUUGUGUAAGGGUCAGUUGUUAAAAGUAGUUUAAACACACUGGAUUAUGACUCUAAGGCUGCACAACACCUUCAUGUGCUCAUAUUUCUACUGUUCAAAAGAUAAUAUGCAGCUUGUUGUUUGGAUGGACUUCACUUUUCUCUUGUGCCUUGAAAUACGACGACUCAGCAAAUGUGCCUCAGUGCCACACCCCCACAUUCUUUUGUCGACACGUUGAAAAAUAAACCUAUUUUAGCUCUUGAAUGUGUUUUUCUACAGUUUUACAAACUUGCACUCUCUUUGCUGACAGAUGCUACUGAAAUGUUGCAACAUUUUUUUUAAAUCCACUUUGUCCAUCCAACUGUGUGUGUGAUGAUUGAUUGGAAGUGACUUCAUUUUUUAAAAGAGGAAUUAGAUUUUUUUUUUGUUAAUUAAUUCAAUUACAUUGUGUGGGAGCCUUGUGAUUUGUGCAUGAGGACAUUUGAGGGAUUUUGUUUGUCGUAGUGAAAUUGGUGAAUCAUUUUAUGUAUAUGCAUUCAAGCUGAUCAUUUUGUCCACCUCAAUGCUUAUUUAUUUAAAGAUGAAGACACUAUAUUGUUUAUCAAAAGCAAAAAUUGUCUUUUUUAAUGUUUGAAUAAAUAAAAAACAGUCAAUUUCA